AUGGAAGAAACACUGCUCGUUGUCUCUGUUCUCGUCAUAACUGCAAACGCUGGCAUCAUUGGUAUGGUCAUUUUCAYCAAAGAACUUAGAACUUUCACCAACUACCUUGUAGUGUCUUUGGCUGUGUCUGACAUGUUGACUGGUGUUAAUCUGUUACCACUGGCAUGCGGUUAUCCCAUUGUUGCACGACUUUUAAGUUUUGCAACUGUUUCAUCUGGGGUAUUGAGUCUUUGCACGAUGACGUGGGAUAGAUACGUGGCUGUUACCGAUCCUUUUGGCUACAAAGAAAAACUACAGAGAUACUACAAGAAACUCAUUAUCGCAAUCUGGAUAACAGCAAUAAUGGUUCCCCUCACUCAACUAAUAACUUGGUACUUUGACCAUACGAAGGCGUAUAGUAAAUGGUUGCUCGUUUUGUCACUACUGAUGUUCAUAUUCGUCCCUUACGUUUUUAUUGUCGCCSCGUACGUACGUAUUUGGCUACGUCUGCGAUCGCACGCGGCAGAGAUGAAGAGAAUCAACAUGACAAACGAGCAGCGAGAUGGAGCAAGAAGAGCAUCGCUCGAGGGUAAGACGGUCAAGUUGUUCGUUGUGGUGGUGUCUCUCUUCCUGGUCAGCUGGUUUCAAUGUGGUUUCCUCUCAUCUACGUGA